AUGUUGGCCUCGGCUGAGCUGGCAGCUCUUCUGUGCAUUUUGCCUGAGGCCACUCACGUGGCUGCAGUCAUCCGGCAGCUGCAUGGGGCUGGGUGGUCCAAGCCAGCUAGCCUCUCCAGGAGAGUUCUCAAGAAUGGGUGGUCCAAGGAGCAGGUGCCAGUUGGAUCCUUCAUCAUCAGGGGCCUCACUGUAAUUCUGCCCUCACUCAGCCCCUACACCAAGUUAGCCAGUACAAUCAACCAGACCACAACCCACAACAACCCAGUGCCCAUCCCAGAUGAUGGCAACAUGCCCAAUUUGCCCAACCAUCCCGAGGACCCCCAGGACCCAAGCUUGGAGUGGCUAAAGAAUCUGUGA